CCCCCCUGCGAAGUCAGCUGAAUCGUCAGUCAUGAUCCUUCCCCGGCCUUUGAUCGUGGUUUUGGCCUUAAUGGCAAUGGUUUACUCGGCUAAGGCCGGUGGAGGCGGAUAUGGGAGCAGAGGAGGCGGUGGUGGAGGAGGCUUUGGUAAUUCCGGUGGAUUUAGCGGCGGAGGAGGAGGGUUUUCUGGACAAGGUGGAUCUGGUGGAUUUAGCGGAGGUGCUGGGGGAGUAGGUGGAGGAUCCCAAGGAUUUAGCGGAGGAAGCAGCGGGUAUGGCGGCGGACGAGGUGGAGGCAGCGUCGUCCGCGCGCGCUUGGUCGGCGUUGGCGUUCUUCCUAGCGUCGGCGGCGGCUCGGGCUUCGGCGGUGGCAGCGUGGGCGGCAGCGGCGGUUUCGGCCAAGGUGGAGGACGAGGAGGACGAGGAUCCUUCGGCGGAGGACGAGGAAGUGGCGGAGGAAGCUACGGAUGGUAAUCAUUAUGCACAACGGUCAUUUCUGUCGACUUGAUUUCGACCAUAUCUGAAAAGGCAAUAAAACUGCAUAAAGCAAAA